GAUUGCCACAGGAUGGAGCAAGAGGCUUCCCAGCUAGAAAAGAAACAUGUCCACAGUGUCUAUGAAAGCACAGCCGCCUACUUUCAUGACCUGCAGAGCAAAGCAUGGCCUCGGGUGCGACAGUUUCUCCUUGAACAACCGCCAGGCAGCCUCAUUGCUGACAUAGGAUGUGGGACUGGGAAGUAUCUUGGUGUCAACAGCCAGGUCUAUAAUCUGGGGUGCGAUUACUGUGGCCCUUUGGUAGAGAUUGCAAGAAAUAACGGUUGCGAAGUGAUGAUCUGUGACAACCUGAAUCUUCCUUUUCGGGGCCAAUGCUUUAACGCAGUCAUCUCUGUUGGAGUGAUUCACCAUUUCUCCACUAAACAAAGACGAAUCAAAGCAAUAAAGGAGAUGGCCAGGGUUCUGGUCCCCGGAGGCCAGAUGAUGAUAUACGUCUGGGCUAUGGAACAAAAGACUCGGCGCUUUGAGAAGCAAGACGUGUUUGUCCCGUGGAAUAGAGCCUUGUGCUCCCAGCUCCUUUCUGAACCCAGUAAGGCUGGGCUCAGGAGCGAUCUCGCAGACAGUGUAAAACCACAGACUCUGCACUCACAGCAGCUAACAGGCUCCAAAUAUUGCUACCCUCUUGCCCUCGACCGGAAGCACCCUCACAGGACCGAGGGCUGCUUAGCUGAAGCUUGCUGUGCGAAAAUGUCAGACGAGGAAGAAAACCGAUUCUACAGCGUCCUGGGGAGAUCCUUUCGUGCCUGGUUCUCCUCCAGAUCCUUAGACGAGUCGGCCUUGCGGAAGCCAAAUGGAAAGUUGGAGCCGUUGCAAAACACCGCUGGGUGGAUGAACGGCACUGUGUCUGUCCAGCCGUCGAGGCACUGCAGUUUAGAUUUAGGUUGUCGAGGAGCUUUGCUGAAAGGACAAAGAUUAGAUGACUAUGAGGAAGUGUUUAUGAAGCAUGUGGCUUGCAAAAAAAUUGAGUGGUUGACGGCCUCGAGGUCGCUGAGGGACUUCAAUGGUGAGCCACCUCCAUUAGCUCGAAACAAGAAUGGAGAAACUUUAUUUCUGAGCGGUCCCGUAGAAAACAUAAGCAAUGGCUACAUCUAUCAAGGCAGCGGUCGUUCACUUUCAAGCAAACAUUUGAAAAGAACAUCAUCUGCUGGCUCCAGUGAAUCUAUUGUAGAUGCUGCCGUAGCUGUGGAAGACCAGACAGCUCACAGAUUAGAUACAAAAGCCUUCAUGCGCUAUUACCAUGUUUUUCGGGAAGGGGAGCUGUGCUCUCUGCUGGAAGAAAGUGUGCCUGAGGUUCACAUACUAAGUUCAAGCUACGAUCAUGGAAACUGGUGCAUCAUUGUAGAGAAAACAGAUGUGCAACCGCAAGCGUAA